UCCGCCCCACCGAACUUCCCUCCCCUUAACCUCACCCGGUAACUGACACCCCUAUGCCUUUUCUUGAUCCGUCUCCUUCCCCUUUCAAGGUUCGUAGCGCCCCCUCUCGUCACAGCCGUCAGUGAGACCCUGGUCCAGGAUUGGCUCAAGAAACAUGGAACUUACUUCUUGUGACACAUUCGUAGCCUUGCCUCCUGCAACAGUUGGCAAUAGGAUUAUUUUUGGAAAAAAUUCAGAUAGAGCUUUUGAUGAAGUACAAGAGAUAGUUUACUUUCCCACUUUAUUUCAUGGCCCUGGAAGAAAACUUGAGUGCACCUAUAUAGAAAUUGAACAAGCAGUAGAAACGUAUGCUGUUAUUCUGAGCCGGCCGUCUUGGUUAUGGGGUGCAGAAAUGGGAGCCAAUGAACAUGGAGUUUGCAUUGGUAAUGAAGCUGUAUGGGGAAGAGAAGAAGUAUGCGAAGAAGAGGCAUUACUUGGCAUGGACCUUGUCAGGCUUGGCCUUGAAAGAGCUGAUACAGCUGAAAAAGCAGUCAGUAUUAUUGUUGAAUUACUAGAAAAAUAUGGACAGGGUGGAAAUUGUUCGGAGAGUAUGGUAUUUAGCUAUCACAAUAGUUUUCUGAUAGCUGAUCGGCAUGAAGCCUGGAUUCUUGAGACUGCAGGAAAAUAUUGGGCAGCAGAAAAAGUAGAAGAUGGAGUUCGUAAUAUUUCCAAUCAACUCUCUAUAACAACCAAGAUUGACCGAGAGCAUCCAAAAAUGAGAGAACAUGCUAAAGACAAAGGUUGGUGGGAUGACCAAAAGGAAUUUAAUUUUUCUACUGUAUAUGCCCAUACUAAUAAUUCAUCAGGCAGAUACUGUGAGGGUUACAAGCUUCUGAACAAAUACAAAGGAAAUAUGACUUCUGAAACAAUGAUGGAAAUUCUCCGAGAUAAAGAAAGUGGCAUUAAUAUGGAGGGAGAAUUUCAGACUACUGCCAGCAUGGUUUCUGUUUUGCCUCAAGAUCCCAGCCUUCCAUGCAUUCAUUUCCUUACAGGAACCCCUAAUCCUGAAAGAUCUGUUUUUAAGCCAUUCAUUUUUGUACCAAAUAUAACUCAGUUACUAGAAACCAACUCACCAACAUUUGGACGUGAAGAUCCAGUUAAAAAGAAGCCACGUUUUCAGAGUAAACCUGACAGAAGGCAUGCUCUUUACUGCAAACAUCAAGAGGCAAUGGAAAGAAUAAAUUCUGAUGAGGAAACAGGCAUCAAAAUGCUGGAAGAGAUGAGGAUGCUGGAGAAAGAAAUACUCAAAGAGAUGGAAUCAGCCCUUCAGAAUAAGUGUCUUGAUGUGAAGAGGGCUGCUAACCUUUUUUCUCAAAGUGUGAAAAAUGAAAUGAAAAUUUAUGAGUCAAGUGGUAGCUCUCAAUGAACUUAUGUUCAGAGGUUUUCUUCAAAGGAAGUCAUAAGCGUAUUAAAUCUGGUAAAUCUGAGUUCCGUAGACUUUAUCGCUCUUUAGUAAUAUUUAGGUGGUUGAAAUGUAAGCUUGACUAUUAUAUUAAAAUCAUUGAGCUAUUAUUUUUCUCGGAUACUGAAAAGUAAGGCUUACAUGAAUUUUAAUUGAUAUACUUAUUUCAUAGAACACUUAAAUGUUACUUAGAGGUAGCAGACUAGAAUGUUAUGUUACUGUCAAAGUAAUUAUGAAUUUCAAGCUGAUUUUCUAAUGCUGUGUUAAAGCACAAAAUGUGUACAGUGAAGUAUAGAUUCAUAUACAAUACAAUUAUUAUGCAGUAUCCUAAAAUGUCUUUCAAUUACAAUAAGAAAACAGACUGUUCUUUAGGGAUGCAAACUUUUUUAAAACAGUGAGUCAUCUGAGACUUAAGUAGAAAUUAUCAGAACAAGAAUUUUUUUUUUUUUGAGACGAGGUCUCUUUCCCAUGCUGGAAGUGCAGUGGCCACUCAUAGUCUUGAUCCCACUGCAGCUUUGCAUAGAAGCUUUGAGCCUGAUCCCUUUCUGACCUGGGCUAGCUUUGCCCCUCCCUUCAGCAGCUUGUCCUGUCCCUACCUGCCCUCCCCAGGGCCUCCAUGCUAGUGCCAGACAGUGUAGACACCUGAUUGACUUUAAGCCACCUAUAGCUCAAAGCUCUUGAGCUCAAGCAACCCACCAGGCUCGGCCUCCCCAUCCAUAGAGUAUACAGAUAUGUGCCACCAUGCCCCAUAAGAGGAAACUUAAAGAUUUACAUAUUGCUCUUCUGCUCAAUUUCAAUGUAUUUUUUCUGCCAAGGUACUUUAUGUAGUACAGAUGUGCUGUUUGUAAGACCAACUAACCAGUGAAUUCUACUAGUUGAUUUUCUAGGGUUUUUUUGGGGGAAAAAAAGAUAUUUUAGUCUUAUUAAGUGAAUUUUAGCUGGUAUAUGCAUUCCCAGCAUCUGUGUGCUUCUAAACCUAUAUUUGUCCUGCCUGCUUCUGUUAACUUGUGUUCUUCUUUUCUUUCUUUCAUCCUGUAGGAGUAAACCUUGUUUGGGAGCAUGAAGAUGGAGAAUACUAGGCCUUAGCUGUUUUUUUUGUCUCAUGUCCUUUCACUCUUUCAUAUUCAUUCUGCCUGGGGGGCCGGGGUAAGAUUAGAAAAGCAGAAGAGAAAAUUAAAUGUUUGGGCAUAGAUUUCAAGCAGGUAGUGUAUAAAUCUCUAUCUGGGAAGAUGCCAGCCUGCAUUGGUACAUGGGAUUUCCUCUUCUAGUUCUCUUUAUCAGUGUAAUUACAGGUCUGAUCCCUAUUUCUAUCCCUAUUAAGGUUUAAAGCACAUUGAUCCUUGAGAAAUUAAAAGAAAGGAGGUCUCAAGGAUAUUGAGUGGGAUUCUUUGUGAAUGAUUUAUGAACAAACAUGGACAAAAGUUAUAUAGAACAAGGUUUGGGGUUGGGAGGGAGGGAUUCUGUUCUGCAUUUGUAGAGAGAGUCCCAACACUGAAGAAAUAACUAAUCCCAGAAGGAUCUAAUAUAUUCAGACCAUAAUAAAAAAGAAAAACCCUUAAUAUUGUGUGGUUCCCCUAGGUAUAGAUUAUUGAUGUGUUAAGGGCUAAAAUUCUAGCUAGUCUGUCUAAAAUAUCUAAUGAGUGGUCACCAAUAAAUUAUAAGCUUUAGCAAGAGUUAGACUUUUAAGCAUUUAUUAAGGAGAAUAAGAAUUUGGU